AAUUGUCCCCCUAUUACUUCCGGGAACUCGUCUUUAGCACAAGUAGUCACUCUACGGAGCGAAGGAAUCAUAUUAAAAUGCCGUCUUGCAAGAAUUUUAGGAGGAGAAGAGACUCUUCUGAUGUUGAGGAGGAUGAAACGACUCAAGAAGUCAGAUGUAAAGUUGAAGAGGCCAAGGAGCUACAGAGUUUGCGGCGACGACAGAAUGGAGUCAGUGUGACUGCCUUACUUGUUGGAGAAAAAUUGCCUCCAGAGGUGGAGAUCGACAAUGACCCUUUCAAGCUCAAAACUGGAGGGGUUGUUGACAUGAAGAAAGUCAAGGAUCGGAAUCGUGAUAUGACAGAGGAUGAUACAGACCUUAACCUGGGUACAUCCUUUUCAGCUGAGACAAACAGAAGAGAUGAAGAUGCAGACAUGAUGAAAUACAUCGAGACAGAACUGAGAAGAAAGAAGGGCCUUGUGGAAGCAGAAGAACAAAAAGUCAAAGUGAAAAAUGCAGAGGACCACCUGUAUGAGCUGCCAGAAAACAUCCGCGUUAACUCUGCCAAGAAGACCGAGGAAAUGUUGUCCAAUCAGAUGCUGAGUGGUAUCCCUGAAGUUGACCUUGGUAUUGAUGCAAAGAUAAAAAACAUCAUCCAGACAGAAGAAGCCAAAGCUAAGCUGCUUGCAGAACAAAGGAACAAGAAAAAAGAUAAUGGAACAUCGUUUGUGCCUACAAACAUUGCUGUCAACUAUGUCCAGCAUAACCGCUUCUAUCAUGAGGAUGCCAACACAGCUCAGAGGCAUCAUAGACGAGAGAGAGAGGAACCUAAAGCAAGGCCACUGCGUGUAGGGGACACGGAGAAACCUGGACCAGAGACAUCAGAGCCACCAAACUUCCGCAAACGGCCAAAUAACGAAAAGGCGACCGAUGACUACCAUUACGAGAAAUUCAAGAAGAUGAAUCGGCGAUAUUAAGAUGUUGUAUUGCUGUUGUAUUAUAUUAUAUUGUACUGUAUUGUAUACAGUGUUGUUAAUAACGGCGUUACAAUAUAACGGCGUUACUAACGGCGUUAUUUUUUUCAGCAAUGAGUAAUCUAAUUAAUUACUUUUCUCAUCUUGGCAACGCCGUUACCGUUACUGAGGCGGGAAAGGCGUGCGUUACUAUGCGUUACUAAGUUGGUUGAAUAAAAAAAGUCUGAGAGAAACGGACUCACGGGGACGAGAGCAGAGCAGCAGUCGGGAAGACGCCGUUGCAACCGCGAUGCUAGGUGGCUCUGUAGCCAUAGCCGACAAACUACGCCCACAUGACACGGUAGAUAUCAUAUUAUAGAACUAGAUGCAAAAACUGACACAGCUGCAUUGCCAACAUGUUUUAAGGACUACAUGCGUUAGUAAACAGCCGCCAUCUUAAAGCAGUAGACCUCUCAGGAAGGCCCUGAUGUAGAGAUCCUUCCUAGCGAACCUAAGUAAAAUUUUUUUUUUUUUUUAAAUCUAAAAUGCUUCUAAAUCGGCAAAAUCUUAACUUAAAUCUAUCUUUAAAUGAUGAAACAGUUUUAAAACUUACACAUGUUUAAAGUAGACAGAAGGGAACUAAUGCAAUAAUGGGAGCAAUUUUAACAACUUUAACGGUUGAUUCACAACUUUAAAUGACUUCCACACAUAGCAAAGGUUACUAGCUAGUUAUCGCAAUACCCUUGUGUCUAGUUAAGUGGAGGGUAAAGGGGCUAGGGCCAAUUGUCCCCCAAAUCCUUUAAACUUCACAUUGUGUGACCUGUUUUUUUUUUUUGUUUUGUUUUUUUUUUUGUUUUUUUGUUUUUUUUUUUGAGAAAAAAAAAAAUUAUCACUAGUUACUUUGCCAAGUAACUAAUUACUCUUACAUUCAGGUAACUGAGUUACUAACGCAAUUACUUUUUGGGAGAAGUAAUUUGUAACUGUAAUUAAUUACUAUUUUAAAGUAAAAUUAACAACACUGCAUAUACUGUAUAUAGAUAUAACUAGAUGCAAAAUGACAGACACAGCACUAGAUGCAUUAGUAAACAGCCGCCAUCUUAAAGCAGUAGACCUUUUAUUACAGCUCUUUUGUAGAGAACCUUCCUAACGAACCUAAGAAACUUUUUAUCUAAAAUACUUCUAAAUCGGCAAAAUCUUGACUUGAAUCUAUCUUUAAAUGAUGAAAUAGUUUUAAAACUUUCAUUUGUCGAAAGUAGAGAGAAGGGAACUAAUGCAAUAAUGGGAGCAAUUUUAACAACUUUUAACAGUUGAUUCAAGGUGAAGGGUAAAUUAGGGUAAAGAAUUGGGCUCGGGCCAAUUGUACAAAAAAACUUCACAUAGUGUGGCCAAUGUUUUUUUUUUUUUUUUUGAGGAAAAAAAAAAGUAAUUAUCACCAAUUACUUUGCCAAGUAACUAAUUACUCUUACAUUCAGGUAAUUGAGUUACUAACGCAAUUACUUUUUGGGAGAAGUAAUUUGUAACUAUAAUUAAUUACUUUUUUUCAGUAAGAUUAACAACACUGAUUGUAUAUAUUAUAGGACAUUGUAUAGGACAGCUUCCAUUCCUUGGUUGGCAUUUUUAAAUUGAGGCAUACUAUACAAUCCACACUGAACAGUGUUUUAUGGAAGGGGAAUUCUGUGUACGUACAGUAUACUGGACAGGCAGGGAUGGGAAUUUAACAAAUAUUAGACACUGAAUGGUCAUCUAUGAAAGCAAUGCUAAGUUCCACAUUGACUCGAUAGAAAGAACAAGUUCAAAUGAAGUACAACCACCUGGCAUCCUUGGUGUCUUAUUAACCGAGAGACUAAUAAGCACACCUAAAGAGUACGCAUGUUGUUUCCUGGCAAACUUGGAACCUACAUGCUGCUGCAACAAGUCUAUAAUUAAUCUGCAGAGACAAAAAUGGGCUCUGAGGAUCGAUGUGUAUGCAUCCCUAGACUAUACCAUAUUUUAUACUGAUCUAUUCAUAAAUGAGGAAUAGCCAUUUUAUUGUCCUCACUAAAAAGUACAACAAAUCGAGUUAGAUCUUCAGCCGGGCGGUCAUUUUAAUGUUCGUUGUUGUACCCAAAGUAGCACAGCAAUGUUUGUGUCAGUGUGGUCCUGUCAAUGUAGAUAUAUGCUUUAGCUAAUUAGCUCUACCCAAAUAUUGUUUUUGGGAGAAUGUAAAGUUUUUGCAAUACAAUGUUUUUGUUAGUUUAGCUGUUAGUGUGUGAUUUAUCUGGAAAAUCUGUAAUGAUGCUUACUUGUAAAAAGGAUUCUCCAAAGAAAUGGCCAUACUCAGGACAUCAAAUGACAGGCAAAAUCUCAUGAAUACAAUAAAAGUAUUGACAUGGAACUAGGGCUGCAGCUAUCAAUUAUUUUAGUAGUUGAUUAAUUGAUGAACUAGUUUGAAUAAUCGGAUUAGGAACAUUUAUUCAUUCAUUUUCCAAGCAGCUUUUUCCUCACGAGGGUUGCGGAGGUGCUGGAGCCUAUCCCAGUUAACUCCAGGCAGUAGGCAGGGUACACCCUAAACUGGUUGCCAGCCAAUUGCAGGGCACAAGGAGACAUACAACCAAUCACACACUCAUACCUAUGGACAAUUUAGUCUACCAUGCAUGUUUUUGGGAUGUGGGAGGAAACCGGAGUUCCCGGAGAAAACCCACACAGGCACGGGGCGAACAUGCAAACUCCACAAAGGAAGGCCGAAGCCUGGGAUAGAACCCUUGAUCUCAGAACUGUGAGGCGGACAUGCUAACCCCUCAGCCACCGCACCGCUAGAUUAGGAACAUUAAAAAAAAAAAAAAAAAAAAGGGAAAUUAGGAACAUAAAAAGUUACAAUACCUGAGCUCAGCCUCUGAUCUAAGUACAACAAAAGAACUAUUGGCUAACUUACAUAGCAAAAGUCCGCUAGCUUUAAUGCAAUAAAAUGCCAACUUAAAAAAAAUGUUUUCAAUAAUGAUCUUGACAAAUGGUUCAAACCCAUAUUCCCACAAAAAAAAAAUGCUAAAUAUAACUAUGUACGAAAUUACGAACGCAUUAAAAAAACAAGCUCAAACAAAAACUUACCUUAUGUUGGUCUUAACAGGGAGCCGCUUGAUUCAGGCAUGUGAAAUGACUUGCAUCAUACAAAAAAAAGAUCGAAGUACUGUGCAAAGAACAAUUGGCAAGCUAGCAUAGCAAAAGUCUGCUACCUUAAAUGCUAUAAAAUGCUAUUAAAAAAAAUAUAUAUUUUUUUACAAAGCUCAAAUAAUUUAAACACACAUUCACACCUAAAUCUGCUAAAUAAACUAAGUUACCGAUGCAUAAACAAUCAUAUUAGCUCAAACAAAAACUUACCUUAUGUUGGUUUUAACAGUGAGCAGCUGGAUUCAGCUAUGUGAAAGGAGUUAUACUCACUGUUGCCACUAGAGGGCAGUGCAUCCACCCAAAUCAAUGAAAUGCAAACACUUUCAAAACAAACCAUUACGACGCCGUUUUCAUUAAACGGAUACUCGAAGCAGCAAAAUUUAAUUCAAAUCUUUUUUCUAAUCGAAUUACUCGUUGCAGCACUACAUAGAACCAACUCAUGGGUUAAUAACUGAGGAACUAAGAUGUCAAGAAAAAUGGGCAUAAUGGACAUUUUCACAGCCUAGCAAAAUCUGGUCCUGUUUUUUAAAUCCAGUUUUUAUGAUGUUGCUGAUAUUUCUUAAAAAAUGGCUGCAAUUGACUA